AUGCUCAGGAUGUCAUCUCAGAUAGAAACAAUUGUAAAUGCUUAUAAAACCCUAGCCAAGAUUCCCGCAAUAGCUGGAGGUAAACUCAACAACAAUGGAAAUAGAAUCUCUUGCAAGUGGUCAGUGCGCAACUUGGACAAAGGGAAGACUACGAAAUAUCUUCAUGAUUAUAUUUUGGACACUGACUUAAAUGUUAUAGCUCAGAGUGACUUUGGAGUAGAUGUUAGCAAUGAGUUACUGUCAGCCGUGUCUCCAAAAGGAAUGUAUAAGGCGGUGAUACGCGAGGAGAAGGAGGGCAAAGAGAGUAAAAAGCAGUACCUUGAAGUUUGGUGCCGACAUAACCUCGCUCAUUGCAUCGACCUCACUGCACUCGAUAUACACGGAGAUGUUUAUGCUGACUCUGAGUUUGGCAGCUUGGACUGGGCCAAGGACGAGACCGCUGUAGUUUACGUAGCUGAGAAGAAGCUAAAGAAAUCUGAACCGUACAUCAAGAGGAAAUCCGAGGAAAAGGCCAAAGCAGAUGGAAGUGGUGAAUCUGCGCCGAAGAAAGGUGAAGAGUUUCUCUACAGACAAGACUGGGGCGAGCAGUUAGUUGGCAAGCAAAUGUCAGUGAUUGUUGUUUGCCGUCUGCCUGCUGAGAGCUUCACAGUUUUAGAGGGUUUGCCAGAGUCAUGGUGUCCAGGACAGGUCCGCUUCACGAACGACGGCCAAAGCGUGGUGGGAGUAGCUUGGGAGACGGAACCCAGGCGUCUCGGACUCAUAUUCUGUACCAACCGACCGUCGUACAUUUUCAACCUGACAUUAGAUGGAAGCAUGACUAAAAUCUCAUCUGAAGGAAUGUCGGUCCGUUCACCUCGUUUAAGCCCGACUGGAGAUUUACUGUGGCUACAAAGAGUCGCGGAUGGGCCACAUCACGCAUGCCACGCUCUAGUUGCCAAGAAAAAGGAUGCUAGUGAAGUGUCAUCAGUAAUAGAUAUAGUGCAGACUGAACUGAAAAUACAAAACGGCGAGAGCUUCUAUGGGAUAUACAGCCAAGCUCUGCCAUCGAAGUGCUUUGCCAGCGACAACAGAGUUGUUUUUAGUACUCCACAGCGGAACGAAGUCAGGAGCUAUGUUAUCGAUAUUGAUAAUGGUAGUAUCAUCGAUAUAUCGAACAAAUCGAUUAUUGGGUCGACUACAGUGCUGGACGUCAAAUCGGAUGUCAUACUCGCUUCUUGCUCCAACAUGACUACACCUGGACAGCUCUAUGUCGCCCGACUACCAGCGAAAGGCUCCGAAGCAAACAUCAAAUGGAUCCAAGUUACGAAACCCUGCGAAGUACCCGCCUCCGUCGCCAAUUCCACUGUUCAUUAUAUGGAGUUGGAGCAAAACACGCAGGAUACUGUCAAAUCCUUUACAGCGCUCUACUUCGCACCAAAUUGCGAGAAUAAAAAAUUACCUCUGAUAGUAUGGCCACAUGGUGGACCUCAUUCGGGAUUUGUUAACGCUUACUCCUUAGAAGCGGCUUUGUUCAAUAUGAUAGGCUUCGCUAGUCUCCAAAUAAAUUAUAGAGGCUCUAUCGGAUCAGGGAAAGCGUCAGUCCGUUACCUACCGAAACGCGUAGGGGACGCGGACGUUAAGGACUGUAAACUAGCGACAGAUGAGGUCCUAAAACAGCACCCUGUGGACCCCAACAAGUUGUGCCUCUUCGGCGGGUCUCACGGUGGUUUCCUCGUCACCCACCUAAGCGGGCAGUAUCCCGAUCUGUACAAAGUCGUUGUCAGUCGCAAUCCGGUGACAGAUGUCGCUAGUAUGUUCAAUUCUACGGAUAUAGCGGAUUGGUGUGCAGUGGAAGCCGGCUUCACUUUCACGGAGAAGGGUCCCGUGUCUGAGGAGGAACUGGUGGCGAUGAGGCGCUGCUCGCCGCUUGUGCACGUGCACCGAGUGAAGGCGCCCACGGCUCUCAUGCUGGGCUCCGGAGACAAACGCGUCCCUCAUUACCAAGGUCUGGAGUACAGCAGACGGCUGAAGGCUAACGGAGUGCCUACGAGAAUAUACAUGUACGAAGACAACCACUCGCUGUCCUCACUGCCCGCUGAAAUGGAUAACCUGAUCAACAGCGUGGAUUGGUUCCUCACCCACUUGUAG